AUGGAGAGUAGUAGUACUAUAAGCUCUGAACUCCCUCCUGGCUUUAGGUUCCAUCCAACUGAUGAGGAGUUAAUUGUGUAUUACCUUUGUAAUCAAGCCACAUCAAAGCCAUGCCCUGCAUCUAUUAUACCAGAAGUUGAUAUUUAUAAAUUUGAUCCUUGGGAAUUGCCAGAUAAAUCUGAAUUUGUUGAGAAUGAAUGGUAUUUCUUUAGUCCAAGAGAAAGAAAGUACCCAAAUGGGGUGAGGCCUAAUAGAGCAACUUUAUCUGGAUAUUGGAAAGCUACUGGCACAGACAAACCAAUCAAUAGUGGAUCAAAGCAAAUUGGAGUAAAAAAAUCUUUAGUCUUUUACAAGGGUAGGCCACCAAAGGGAAUCAAAACUAAUUGGAUUAUGCACGAGUACCGAUUAAUCGGAUCACAAAAGCAAACCAGCAAACAUAUUGGAUCCAUGAGACUAGAUGACUGGGUUUUGUGCAGGAUCUAUAAGAAGAAACACAUGGGAAAAACAUUGCAACAAAAAGAGGAUUAUUCAACUCUUCAAUUUAAUGAUUCUUCGAUAGCGAAUAAAGAUGAACAAGAAAUGAUGAACAUGAACCUUACAAGAAGUUGUUCACUUACUUAUCUUUUGGAUAUGAAUUACCUUGCUCCAAUGUUAUCUGAUGCUUCAACUUUUGAUUUUCAAAUCAAUAACUCUAACAUUGGGAUAGACCCUUUUGUAAGAUCUCAGCAAGUUGAAAUGAGUAACCAUUAUGAAGCAGAUUCACAAAGUAGCAUCACAAAUCAGCCAUUAUUUGUGAAGCAAAUGCAUAAUUAUUUAGGAUAA